CCCUCUCUCUCUGGUCAGUAGUUACAGUCAGCUCUCUCUUUUUCUCUCUCUUCACUUCUUCAUGAAACAAUGUUGCUGCUCGGAUUAAAGUCGCUGUUUGUGUAUCUGCUGCUGUUUCCGGCCGCUUUGCUCUCCGGCGGCCGAGUGUAUGCAGAACCUGACGCUGAAGUGACAGAUGACGUACUAGAUGCAGCAGUGGAGGAAGAGGAGGAGGAUGAAGAUGAGGAGGAAGUUCUGGAGCCUCAGACAGGAGAUGAGGAUGCUGAUGAUUUAGAUGAAGAUUCCCAAACUGCAGAUGUGACGUCUCACCCCGAUGCAGACACCACCAUCAUCUUCAUUACAGGAGAAGAGUUUCCAGCAAAUGAGAUUGUGAAGUUUCUGGUUGGUUUUACUAAUAAAGGCAGUCAGGAUUUUACAGUUCGCUCUCUUGAGGCAUCGUUCCGUUACCCACAGGACUACCAGUUCUACAUCCAAAAUUUCACAGCUCUGCAGCUGGAUGCCGUGGUGCAGCCGGAGAAACAGGCAUCAUUCGAGUACUCUUUUAUUCCCGCACAGCCGAUGGCCGGUCGUCCAUUUGGCCUUGUCAUCCUGCUCAACUACCACGACUCUGAGGGAAAUGUUUUCCAGAGUGCUGUUUUUAACCAGACGGUGACCAUCACUGAACUGGACGAGGGUCUGGAUGGAGAAACGAUGUUUAUGUACAUCUUCCUUGGCGGUUUGGUCUUCCUGAUGCUAUUCGCCAUGUAUCAGGUCUUGGAGUCUCGCAAAAAGAAGCGAGUCCCGGUGAAGGUUGAAACUGGCACAGGAGGGCUGAACAAUGUGGACAUUAGCUGGAUUCCACAGGAAACUCUUAAUGUCAUGAACAAAGCAUCUCCUAGAGCUUCCCCGAGAAAGCGUGCCAGGAGGACAGCCGGUGCUACAGAUCAGUAACAACAACAGCUUUUAACACCCAAAGCGUCAUCACAUUCCAGCAGUUUUACCUUCUACAAGUUCCCUGCACUCUCACACUUUUCAUUCACGGACUAAGCAAUUGUUAAAAUGCUUCAACAUAUCCAAAAUUUCUGAAGAAGCGUUACAGCAGCAAGUCUGCUGUUCUGAUCAAUCUUCUAAAUAGGAACAGGAGAUGACGUCAUGGACUCCGUCUCAAACUGCAGAACAGUGUGAGGCUCUAAAAUAUAAUAAGUUAGUGUAGAAGUGCUGCAUCUGGGACCCAGCCCAUGGAGCAGAUCAGCAGUGGUGUUGCUUUAUGAUCAAACCACACACAGGAGGAGAAACACUUCCCUGUGAUGUUCAACUCUUAAAAUGAGAGGACUCAAUAUAACAAACACUAAUUUAUAAUAAACACUAAGUUUAAGAAUAAACAGAAAUGUGCUUUUUACAUCAGUGUUUGUGAUGAACAUGAGCAGGAUCACAUGUUACAUCUGCUGUCUGUUAGCUUCCAGUGUUUGUUAGCCACAUUAUGUUUUAUUCCAAAUCUAGAUGACUAGACUUUUCAUUUUGGACCGACCAAAAGAAAUUGGACCAAAUUCAUGUUACAGACCCAGGAGACAAAUGUAUUACAUUUCUAAAUGAACAGUCCUCUCAUUAUUAUUAUUAUUAUCAAUUUUUAU